GAGCUCUGUUGUUGUGUUAUAAGCGUGCCAUAUUUUGUAGUGAGCUGUGUUGCUGUGUUCUGAGCUGUCUUUGUGUUAUGAGCUGUGCUGUGUUUUGUUGUGAGAUCUGUUGUUAUGUUAUGAGCUGUGUCGCUGUGUUAUGAGCUGUGUCGUGUUUUGUUAUGAGCUGUGUCGCUGUGUUAUGAGCUGUGUCAUUGUGUUGUGAGCUGUGUGGGUCUGCAGUCAUUAGAGUCUGCUGGUUAAUAUUUCAGUGAGCUGGGAGAGUAGUCUGUUCAGCAGUUCUCUCCAGCUGGCCACGUGCUGCCCUUGCCUGGGAAUUGAACCAAGACUGACCUCUAGAGACCAGGCAGAGAAAGAGACAGUAAUCAUGCAUGUCUGACCUGUUUUUUCUUUUAUUUUUUUCUUAGUUUAGCCUGAACCUUAUGAAAUUUAAAUGUAUGCAUAAUUAAAUGUUUAUAAUAUAAACAUAUAAAUAAACAUAUCAUAUGAAGUCUUGAAAUGAAAUGACUGAUUAUGUUUCAGAUAGUAAGGGCUUGGGGUGUGGGGUGUACUGAGAGUGCGCCAUAUUGCAUCAUAUUUAACGCAAAACAUUUUUGACAUGAUAAAAAAAAGUCUUCAUAUUGUGAUAAUGGGGAUAUUCUUAAAAGGAGUCUAUUUUGUUUUGCUAUGUCCUGCAUUUGCUGUUAAUUGCAUUUUUUUGUACUUUUUUUAAAUUUUGCUACACUAUAAUUAUUUUAUACAAAAUCUGGGUAUUAAUAAGUCACUGUUUAUGAAAUAGAAAAACGUUAAUAGAUUUUCUGUUUCUACAGAAUAUAUUAAAUUGUUCAUUUAAAUAAAAAAAAAAACCUGUAUAUUUUAGCAUAUGACCAAGAAUAUCACUAUUGCAAAACAUCAUGAAAUAUUGUGAUAUUACUUUAGUGCCACACCGCCCACCCCUGGUCAGUACUUACCAAAAGUGCUCCAAGGGGGAACAUCCAGUGAACUGGCAACACGGUCAUGGGUGCCCAAAGCUAAUUGAUGUUAAGGGCUAGCUAAGCCUAUAUUAUUACAUAUUUACUCAAGUACAAAUUACUGAUGAAAUUGAUGCUGGCUAUGUCUUGUGAAUGUUGAUGUCCAAUUUGUGGAGGAAUCCAUGCAUCGACAGAUUAGAGCUGUUUUGGCAGCACAAAGAGGACCUACACAAUAUGAUGUAGGUGGUCUUAUUGUUGUGGCUGAUCAGUUUGUGCAAUUAAAAAUAUAAACACUUGCUGAGAAUAGUGAAAAAUAUCACUCACACUCCAUUAUCAAAUCAAACGGAUUAAUGACAGUACUGAUGGAAGAACAGGAUAACAAAAAUAACAGUCUUUAAAACUACAGGAAUUUGUAUAGACUAUAAAAAAAGUAAAACAAACAAACAAAUGAACCUACAUCCAUCACUUUGAGCCACCUUUGCCCUUUCCCAGCAGAAUUUGCCUAUGGAAAUGAAUUCAAACCAACACGGCACGCAAGCAGUCCAUCUCCCACAAGCACCACAACAGCCCUGAACCAACAUGCAAACAACAUGAAAACCCACACUAAAGGAGAACUGCAGGUAAUUUCUAGAAAGUCACCCCACAAUCUAUGCAAUCUAUGCAUGUUUGAGUCCGGACAAGGCUGCUGCUUCUUCACUGUGAACCGCAGUGACUUCACCAGGUCAGGGUCAACACCUGAGGUCAAGCCAGGCACGCUGCAGCUGCAGGAGUAAUGUUUGGUGAACGGAUCAGGACCGAAGGGAUACUUUAACUCUGAAGUUACAACUACCUGGCAUCCAUAGAAUUGUCUUCAGCAUUGGUCAGUAAGAAGAGGAAGGAUGAUUCCAGUGGUACUUGAGGAGGCCCCUCUUGACCCGGACUCCAGAGAGAUGUGGUAUAUCAUGACCAGGCGGCAACACCUGCUGUCCCGCCGGAUCAUCUUGCUGGAAAUGAAGGAGUUCCUGAAGAACAACAGCUUAACUGGAGGUGUUCUGGAGAACGACGACGAAGAUGGACCAUCAGAACUAGACAAAAUAGAUAAUGAGCUCCAGUCCCUGUCAGACAGAGAGACUGCACUGGUUAACAGAAGGUGUUUGUGGGAAAAGCAAGGGAUCCUCUCUGAAACAACAAGAGAAUCGUCAGUCAUUGAGCCUGAGUGCGUCACACCUGAAGGGAACAAGAAAGAUGUAAUGUUUUCAGGAGUGUGCAUCCUUCCAAAUGUCAUCACAACACAGGAUUUGAUCACAGAGCAGCCGCUAGAAAUUAACGUGGAACCCAACCAAGAGAGCUCAGAGGAUGGAGUGGUGGACGUGGAGAACCUUGCCUAUGCUGCUGGUAAAGUACGCUGUCCCUCCUGCCAGCAGAACAUCACCACUGAGAUCCAGUAUAAAGUGGGGAAAUCGUCCUAUUUUCUCUGCCUGAUUGCCAUAUUCAUGGGCUGUGUUGCUGGAUGCUGCCUGUUGCCUUUCUUUCUGAACUACUUUAAAGAAGUCUGCCACGUGUGUCCUUCCUGCCACACGGAAAUCCGCAAAGUCCGUCGGAUGUAAAGAAGCCACGGGGAUCCUGCAGAGAGACUCUGAAGAGUGAGAGAGUACUUUCACCAGUCAUACAUGCUUUAAAUCCAAGUAAAAAAAAACCUCUUACAUGUCAUUUAGGAGAGUUUAGGGUGAAAUAGAGAGUAAAAAUGGGGAGUUGAAGCUCCGAGUGGACCAGGAGACUAAGAUGAUCCAGCUGGAAUCCUAGAGAGCACAAUUGAACAUGUUUUCUGUGGGUGGGUAGAUGGUGCUCUCUCUCCUCACAUCACUCCCAGUUUGAUGCUGGUCAGCCCAGCCAUCUGUUACCUGAUGUAUGAGAGCUGGGUCACUGCGCUUUCCUCCGAGCAUGCUGGCUCCCCAGUGAUGCUUCACAUGUGUCAGACAAGGCAUGUGCUAGCCCUCACCUUCCUCGUGUUGGGGGCGUUAUUAGUGAUCGAGGAAGUUUGGGGGAUUGAGUAAUGGACAUUUCAAAUUAUGGAGAAAAUGGGCUAAAAAAUAAUAAUAAUAAUAAUAAAUCAGUCACAAUGACCCUGUUUACACCUGGUCAUGCCACAUGUCUUAAGUAUCAGCAGAGCCAAGAUGCAAAUCUGACAUAGUCUGAGACACA